CCCCCUCCUUUCUCUCCUCUCCUCUCGGUUGUUCCCCCCGCGUACUGAUGCUGUUCCUUAUCCUCCCCUGUGUGUUCCCUUCUGACGAGUUUUUCCCUCAACCAGCUCGAACCAGAGUGACCUUGAGGCAAAAUGGCUGCGGUCUGGAGGAAGACUGCUGCGCCAGCGGUGCUGGUCUCCGCAUGGACGUGGGACGUCAGCGAUCUCGGGCAGCCGAAGUCUCCCUCGCGGCCGCCAUCAAUAGCUGUGGGGAUGCGGCGAAGUGGAGCGUUGCGCUCAAAGUGUCCCAUGCGGCUGGGCAGUCCCGCACACGAGCGUGCGCAACGACAUACAACGUUGCCAUCGCCGUGUGCGGCAGAUGCGCGCAGUGGAAGCAGGCGCUGUCGCUGCUGGCAGAAAUGGGUGAGGCGACAGUGGAGCCAGAUACCAUCACGUAUAACACAGGAAUCAACACGUGCGGGAAGGGCGGGCAGUGGUUGCAGGCGCUAUCAUUGUUGAGCGACAUGGGGAAAAUCAAGCUAGAGCCAGACGUCAUCAGCUAUAGUGCUGGAAUCAGCGCUUGCGAGAAAGGCGAGAAUUGGGAGCAGGCAUUGUUGCUGCUUCGGGAGAUGGGGGCAGCAGAGUUGAAGCUGGAGCCGAACGUCAUCAGCUACACAGCGGGGAUCAGCGCGUGCGAGAAAGGUGGGCAGUGGCAGAGGGCAUUCUCGCUGCUGAGCGAAGCGAGGGAAAAGGCGCUGCAGCUUGGCACUAGGACCUACAAUCCUGGCAUCAGCGCGUGUGGAAAAGGCAUGGAAUGGCAGCGGGCAUUGUUUUUAUCCAGUGGGAAAUUCGGGAGGCAAAUUUGCAGCCAGAUGUAAUCAGCUACAGUGUCGGAGCCAGCGCGUGCGGGAAAGGCGGGCAGUGGCAGCAUGCAUUAUCGAUUUUGAAAGAAAUGGGCAACGAGGCAUUACAGCUCAACGUGAUCUGCUGCAAUGCUGGAAUCAGUGCAUGCGAGAAAUGUGGGCAGUGGCAACGGGCGCUGUCUCUGCUCUUCGAAAUAAGACGGGGGAAAUUAGCGCCCGACGUUAUCAGCUACAACGCAGCAAUGAGCGCGUGUGAGAAAACUGGGCAGUGGCAGUGGGCGACGUCACUACUCGCUGGAAUACGGGAGGCGCGGAUGGAGCCAACUGUCAGCUUCAACGCUGGAGUCAGCGCGUGCGAGAAGGGUGGACAGUGGCAGUUGGCGCUGUCGCUGCUCAGAGACAAGCGGAGGGCGCAGCUUCCGCCAGACGCGGUCGGCUACAACGCCGCGACCAGCGCGUGCGAGAAGCGCGGAGAGUGGCAGCAGGCCCUGUGCCUGCUCGGCGAGAUGGCGGAGACCGACGUGAGGCGGGACAUUGUCAGCUACGGCGCUGGGAUCAGCGCGUGUGAGAAAGGCGGGCAGUGGCAGUGGGCGGUUUGGCUGCUCAGGAGAGCGGGAGAAGCGAACCUAGAUUUGGGCGUCGUCGUUUAUAGUGCUGGGAUCAGCGCAUGCGAAAAAGGCGGUGAGUGGCAGCAUGCGCUGUCGCUGCUCAGGGAAAUGAGAACAGCCAAAGUCGAGCCAGACGUCGUGGGUUACGGGGCCGGAAUCAGCGCGUGCGAGAAAGGCGGCCAGUGGCAGCAAGCGGUGUCUCUACUUCGGGAGGCAGGCGACAUGAGGCUGAAGCCGGACGCCGUGAACUACGGCGCCGCAGUCGCCGCGUGCGGGAAAGCUGCGCAGUGGCAGCAGGCCUUGUCGUUGCUGAGGGAAGGGAGCGUGACGUCGCUGGCGCCGAGCGUCGUCACGCACAACGCCGGAAUCAGCGCGUGCGGGCGGGUCGGCCAGUGGCAGCAGGCGCUGUCGCUGCUCGGCGAGAUGCAGGCAGUCGGCAUGGAGCCCAGCCCCAUCAGCUACAACGCCGUGGUCAGCGCGUGCGACAAGGGCGGGCAGUGGCAGCGUGCGCUGUCGGUGCUCCGGCAGAUGCGGGGGCUGAGGGUGGAGCCGGACGCCGUGGGCUACACCGCGGGGCUCUGCGCGUGCGAGGCCGCGGGGCACUGGCGGCAGGCCCUGCUCCUGCUCGGGGAGAUGGGCGAGGCGGAGGUGGAGGUGAGCGUCCUCACGUACAACAUCGGAAUCAUGGCGUGCAAGAGGAGCGGGCAGUGGCAGCAGGCGCUGUCGUUUCUGAGGGAGAUGUGCGAGGCGACGGCGGACCCGGACGUGUCCAGCUGCGCGGCGGCGGUCAGCACGUGCUGGAGAGGUGGACAAGAGCAGCAGGCAUUGUCAUUGUUCAGGGAGCUAUGCGGAGAGGCGAACUCGAGGAUGCGGCCAAACGCCAUAAGCUACAGCGUUGGAAUCGAGGCGUGCGCGGGGAGCGGCCAGUGGCAGCAGGCACUAUCGCUGCUCAGUGAGAUGGCGGAGCUGCAGCUGGAGCCGGACGUCGUCAUCUACAACGCUGGAAUCAGCGCGUGCCAACAAGGUGGGCGAUGGCAGCAGGCAGCGCCCCUGUUCGAGGAGGUGGGCGAUGCGACCGCCGGUUGUCUGAGCAUUGUCGAGCGGCGUUGACGGCCCAGGGCAGUGGAUGGAUGAGCUGCUGGCUGCCCGAGCGACGCCAGUCCAGGCGGACGAGGAAGGACUGACGGCGCGCUGCAAGAGGGUGGAACCUCCCGGCUCCGUCUAAGGCGGACCCCUGCCUUCUCACAAGGCCGCCCCCCUCGCGCCCAUCCCCUGAGCGCGCCGCGAGGAGGAGGAGGA